AGCAUUGGUAACAUGGGUGCCCACAGCAGCUUCCACUCAUAGCAAAGGGAGACUCACUUUGUGUUCACACAAGCAUCACCUCGCUCCCUGUGGCAAUGUCUGUACGUUCGGGGCUGCGAGUGGAACAGUUGCUUCAUGAGGGACAUAAAUCCCAGCUCUCUGCAAACCUGGGAGCUGUGGAUUGGUGAAUGGGUGGUGAUUGCAGUCACCACUGUAGUUAAUAUGAUCUUUGGUGAAGCAGUGUUCACCGAACAUUUCAAAUGGUCCAGAAACCCACAGCCAGAGCCCUGAAAUUUAACUGAACUCGGGAUUCAGAGCCAACACUGAUCCCUGCCAUCAGCUCAGUCAGGGCCCUUAAGUCAGUAUGGUUGUAUUGUGUGAUAUGUGCAAGACUUCUUUCACAGCGCCAUCAGAUUGCUGUCAGUGGGAGCUUGCUUUGCACAAGUAAGCUGCUAUAUUUCUGACAUGACAACAGUGAUUCUGCUUCAAGAGUGCUUCAUUGGUUGUGCAGUGCGGUGGACCAUUGAGAGACAGUGAAAUAGUCCACACGUGCAGGUUAAUUGUUCCUGUGGAGGAAAUGGGCUUCACCACCUCUAUGCUGUCACCAUUGUGGACCGGACUUUUCUUUGUUAUUCCAUCAUAAUUCCAAGAUUUCAACCCAGUGCUGUGUGGGAGCAUCUUUAGCAGAUGGGGCUGUUGUGGUUCAAGAAUGGAAAUGAGAGUUUGACAAGGACAGUUAGAAAUGGGCAGUAAGUAAUGGCCUUGCCAGUGAACCCCUCAAACCAUCAAUGGCUUCCAGUGAAGCUGAAUUAUGUGGGAUGUUGUAUUUUGUGUAUUCAAAUAAUUAAACAUUGAAUCACCCUCCUCCUCUGUAGUCGCUGUGUAAAUGCUGCCUCUCAGAAAAUGAGACAAGAUGUAAGUCCUGACGUUAGUGAGAUGGUGAUUACACAAGGUGGGUCAGUCAAUAGACAGUUCAGCAGUGAGUUUAGUUUAUGCAGCAGCUGGCAUUGGGAUUAAAAUGAAUGCAUUCACCCAUUACAAAUUUGGGCAUUGCUGUUGACAGGUUGAGGUGUUCCUUCUGGAUAUUGUAUUGUACCUUAUCCAGAAUCUUUGCUGUACCUCAGACUCCAAGCUGAUGAGAUUCUAUACUCUGACUUCAGGUCUAGGCUAGCCCACACAAAUAUAAAACUCUGUCAGUAUAUUGAGCUUGGGUGGAUCAUUGACAUUGCACUCUCACUCUCAGGAAUUGUCCCUUUGUUUCCAGCUGUGGAUUUGCUCAGCUUCCCUUAUGUAAUGUCUUUGUCACCACAGAAUGCAGAUAAAAAGCUGCUUGGGGUCGUCAUAAGCAAUUGAGGACAUGAAAGGCUCUAUAUCAAUGUAGCUGCUUCAGUCAUUUAGGGGAGAAGAAGAUCUUUGUGGAAAAUGUGUUUGCAGAACUGUAAUUUGAAACAUAGUCUCCUCGGAGUGAAAACUGUUUGCACAAGUCCCAUUCCAGAGCCUUGGGUCUCUAAGCCAGGCCGACACAUGUCAGGGAGUGCUGCAUUGUCGGGAGUGCUGUCAUUCAGUUUCCUUUUAUCCUCUAACGUGGAUGCAAAGGACCACAUUGCACAAAUUAUGUUCUGCUGGUAGUUUCCCCUCAAUCAACAUUGCAAAAAGAGAUGCUGAUAUAACGAUCACACUGCUAUUUAUGGAUCUUCCUAUGCACCAAACAGAUGCCAGGUUUCUUCAAUAUUGAAUACAAUUCUAAUACUGUGUGAUUGGCUUUAAUGUGCUUUGGGGCAUCCUGAGAUAUUUCGAGGUAACAAAGGGUCUUCCGUUCACACAACGCUGCUUACUGUCAAUCACACAAACUAAUACAAAUAUAUGCUAUACAGAAACAGGCCCUUCAGCCCAAAAAAAUACAUGCUGAUGUUGACACUGCACUCGUUGCAUCUUCAUUCUUUUGUCAUCUAAACCUAAUAUCCUACCCUUCCUAUUCCCUUCCCCAUCAGAAGCUUGUCUCGAUUCCCUGUACAUAUACUUAUACCAUUCUCUGUGGAAAGAAGCAUCUUGAAUUUCUUGCUGCCUGACUCAGCCAUAUACACAGCAGCAUGAUAUUGUUCUGAGGAAGAGUCACCGGACCCGAAACGAUAACUCUGUUUUCUCUUUCACAGAUGCUGCCAGAGCAGCUGUGCUUUUCCAGCAACUUUGUUUUUGUUCCUGUGUUUGAGCAUGAUAUUGUGGUGUUUUGCGAUGAGAUGCCAUCCUGGCCAAGCAGUGUCGAAUUUCAGGGAGAUUGAGAGGCAAUGACAGCUCUUGUUAAAGCACUCCACACACACACACACACACACAGUGAAACUUUAUGGACUAUGGUUCAAGUGGCUGUGAUUCAGAUCUCACUACACGGAGCUUGACUGACACUUGAGGGAAUCUGUGCUGUCUGGCGUGUUAAAACUGAGGCACCAUCUACCCAAUUGGAGAUAGGUGUAAAAUAUCACAUUGCCACUGAUCCUUGGAGAGGGUGAAUUCAUCUCACGAUAUACAUCCAAACAGGCCAUCUGACCAUUUAUUUAACGGCUAUUUGAGGGAGCUUGAUAUGUGUAGUUUGGCUGUUGUGUUUCCUACAUUACAACAGUCUUCAUAGAUACCCCACUGGCUGUAGGGUCUGUUGACAUAUCCUAGUUUGUGAAAGGUGUUACAGAAGUAUAAUUCUCUACACUUUUAUAGCUGAGCCACAAGAUAAGCCUGACUCUGAGAAAAGGUAAUCCUGAUAUCAGAUUGAACUGUGAACUAACAAUGGGGCGAUGGUGGUUACAAUGAUGGUAAUGAACAAUUUUUGUUUACUUAGCAAGUUCAAGGAAAUAAAAAAAAUGUUUCACAACGUUAAGCAAAACAUCACACCAAACUAUAUAAGGAGCUAUUAGAGCAGAUGGCCUGAAGCUUGAUUAACGAGGGCAGUCAGAAGGAACAUCUUAAAGGAGGAAAGGGGUAGACAGAGUGGGGUAGUGUCUGGAAUUCUUGGAUGGCUGAAAGCAUGCAGUGUUGCAAACCAGGAACUUGUAAGGUCCAAAUUUCAGGAACGCGGAUCCCUCUUAAUAGGAGGUGGAUGUGUAGUGGGUUUGGAGGAAGAAACAGCAGAAGGAAGGGGAGGCAAUGGAGGAACCUGAAAACAAAAAUGAUGAACAUUUCACAACUGAGGUAGACGUUGCUGAAAAGGAUUUGGUGGUGAUCAGAUAGCCCAGGAUGAUGGGUGAACAAUCCUUUGGUGUCACUGACGACGCAGGAAGCAGAUUUGGGUGAGACGGUUUGUUGAGAGUAGAAGGUGUGAGCCUGCUCAUAGCAAGUUGGAAUAGUCACCGUAAUUCUGGACGUUAGAGAACAUUAGGAACCCCAUUCAGUCCCUAAUGUCCAAUCGGUUUGUCUUCCCAAAGUAUUAGUGACAGCUUGCUGAUUCUGAUGGUAUUGAUCCUGCUGAUAAUGAGGAUACCAAUAUUGGAUAUGAAUAUCAGUAUGGACAGAUGGUAUCGCAGUGAACACUGAUCUAGAUUCUGGUGAUGUGGAUGACCCUGACACUGAGGACACUGAAUUUGAGGACACUGAUGCUAUUGUGUUUGAGAUGGAGAAGCUCCUCCAAGUCCUUUCCAAUUUAAGACAGUGAAUUUUGAGCUGUAGGGCUGCUGAUUGCUAGGCCAGGUUAAUCACAGCAUUGUCAUACAACCUCUGCUGCCACAGCAGAAGGAAGAGUUGGGGCAGAGCUAUCACAUGACAGAAAGUGAAACGUGUCUGCGGGUGGUCACCUCUGCUCAUAAAAUAUUGCAUAUGACAAAUGCAAUAACUUUAUCAACGACACCCUGUCUGUGAAUCAUUAUCUCGGUGCUACUGGAAGAAUAUUGCCACAUCAAAUGGUCAAGUCCCACAGACCCCUCCUCCCCUGCCUCCCCGCAAAACCAGCAUUUAGCAAGAAAAAUGCUAUGGUGUCUGCCAAUACAGAAUUUUUUGUAAAAAGAGUAGAACAGACUGGAAAUACACUGCAGCUAUGAAGAAAGCAACAAACUUGAUGUGUCGUCAGAGCUUUAGGGUUGGAGCUUCAAGGGACACUAAGGAACUUCACAAGGUGCUAUUCAAACUGGGCUUCCAGGUGACGUUUAAGAUCGAUUACACAGCAGCGGAGAUCCUGCAGGAGUACAAACAAGAAAGCUUACGCGAUCAUGGAUCCUGCUUUAUCUCAAUAAUCUCCAGCCAUGGUGAAGAAGGAAGAAUUUAUGGAUCAGACGGUUGUCCUGUAAAGCUCCAAGAUAUUUAUUCCAUGUUUACACCACAGAGCUGUCCCUCGCUAGCUGGAAAACCAAAGAUCUUCUUCAUCCAGGCCUGCAGAGGGCAGCAGCCCGAUGAGGGUGUCUAUCUGCAAACUGAUGGAGUAACUGAAACAGACAGUGGCUGCUCCACACAGAAUGCCUACUCACAUUAUGAAGCAGUGCCUGAAGACACCGUGGUCCAUUUCUCCACCUGCUCUGACCAUGCUGCCUUCCUCAGGCCUGGAGAUGGCUCCAUCUUCCUCCAGAGUCUAUGUAAGGUGCUGAUGGGGGAGCAGAGACACUGGGAGCUGCUGCGGAUCAUGACUCUGGUUAAUGGGCUGGUUGCCUGGACCUUCGAGUCCAGAGGACCGCGUUUCAAGGGCAAGAAGCAGAUGCCUUGCUUCGUCAGCAGGAUGCGACACGAGAUCUUUCCAUUUUCUGACAGAUUGACUCCAGCUCUCUCCACAGCCUGCAUAACUACUGUCUCCAAUCAAUGACCACUGACUGCUUCGGUGUUUCAUGCAAAAACAACUUGCAUUAACAUUGCAUUGUUAACCAAUUAAAACGUCUCAAAGCAUUUGACGGAAAUACUAUCAAAUAAAAAAAAUGACACAGCCAUUAAA